GUUGAGUCUUUGUGUCCGAGUCUGUGCGGCGGAAGAAUCGGGGGGAGAGGCAGGCUUGGAGAUGCCUGCGGAGAAGCCCCCCGCCACAGAGAGGCCGUGCCAGCCCCUCAUGGAGAGAGGGAUGGCGGUGGGGGGUACAGCGGCGACGACUGUCGGCUCCAAGGGGCGCACAGGGCUGCUGGAGAAGCCGGCUAUGGCGGGCGAGGGCAGCAGGAAGUCCCCGGGUCACCACCCGCCAGCCAGCGAGUCAGAGAAGGAUUCUGGCUUCUCAGACACGAGUUCGGAGUCCCUGAGCACGCUGGAUCAGGCUGAAGUGGAGGAGCCGUCCAUCUGUGCCUCACACUGGGCGACCAAUGGGCCCAGGCUGCGGACGGCGCCGGAUCUCGACAGCACAUUCACCACAUUCACCCCUGUUUACAUUGUCAAAAACGUUAUCCUGAAACAGCCCCUGGGAGCUUCCUGCAGCACCCAGCUUCUGACCUGGAGUGGCCAAGCCCCCCCAGACAGUGUGCAGGGCCAGGCCCGGCUCAUCUUCCUCCAGCAGCCGAUGGCUACGGCCAUGCUGAAGCCGCUGCUGCCUGGCCAGAAGCCACAGGCCAAGGACACCUACCUGCCCAUCCUCAACGCCUACCCCAAGAUCGCCCCACACCCGGGCCACAGCCAGGAGAACGAGGCUUUGGCUGGGCCCCUGCCCCGAAGUGGCAGUGCUGGCCAUGCCAAGAGCAAACGCUUUUGCCUGGAGGAGGCCUGGGUGUCGUCCUCUGAGUUGGAUGCCCCCACCAGCUGUGGGCUGUGGGAGGAACAGCGCCAGGGUGGCACCCUGCAGGUGCCCUCCGCUGGCAGCUCAGAACCACUGUCCCAGAACACUGUCACCUCAUCCACGGAGCUGGCUCGACCGGCACCCAGCUCCAUCGCCGCCCAGGGGAGCCCAGCACUCCUGGACCUGGCUGAUGGGAGGAUCCUGGCCAAGGCCUCCAAGAAGCUGGGCUCGAGCCUCAGGAAGCAGCGGCGCUUCCACAACACAGUGGAGAUCCUGAGGAAGUCAGGGCUGCUGGGUGUCACCCUGCGGACCAAGGAGCUGAUCCGGCAGAACAGCAACACCCAGCGGGAGAUUGCAGAGCUGCGGGAGCACGCCCGGCUCCUCUGCGAGGCCAUGCAGAGCAACAACUCUCAGACCUGGGCCCGGCUCCAGGCGGCCAUGAGCCUGUCUGCCUCCUACUGGGCCCAGCGAGGGACAGGCCCCAACAUGUCUGCCAAGGCCAAGGUGGCCACUCCCCACAGGAACUGCAGUGGGGAGUCCCUGCCGGCGGUCACUCCAGAGCUGUCAGCCCACACAGCCCUGCCUUAGGCCCUAGCACGGCUGGCCACUCGCUCAGCAAAUAAACCUGCUUUGAACAAACAAACUCACUUGCGACUGAGUUCCCAGGCAAGGGCCAGCUGGCUGAGCAUGGCCAGCCCCGCUCCUCUCUGGUGCGACAGGCAGGGAGAUGGAGCUAGUCCCUGCUCAGAGCCAGACUCCAUCCUGGGGCGGGGGGGCUGCCUGUGGUUUGCACUGCUGCCCUGGGCCAUAUGAGCUGCACUGAGGGAAGAGGCUUUGUGCCAGGCCGGGCAUUGCUGGCCGUUCCUCCGGGGGGGUGCGAUGGAGAGAGCGGAUAGCUCGGUGCUGUGUGUGCAUGUGUCUAUCUGUCCUUCCCCCUUGUGGUGACUUCAGCAUAGCCUCUUCCUGUGCCAGGGCAGCGGUGCUCUGCUGCCCCACAAGCAGCUGGGCUCCAGCCUCGGGAGAAUUCUUGCCCUGGGCUGCUGCGGCUGUGGGUUACAGGCUGGCAGGGGCCCCAAGGAAGGUCUCUCUCCUGCUGCCUCCUCGAGGCCAUGUGUGAUGGGAAGAGGGGCUGGGGACUCAGGUGCCCCAUGCAGGUCAAGGGUAUGGGCGUGGAGCCUGGCCAGGCAGGUGCUGUCCUCCCCCACACGGGACCUGGUCAGAAACAGCUGCAGCUUCUAGUGAUUGUCAACCUCCCCAACCCCAGCAGUGCCUGAUGUGCCUGCUCCCCCCUGCUGGGCAAUGCCUGCACCACCCUCCCCCUGGCACCACCUGGGCUGCGUG